AUGGAGAGGUUUCCCUCGACUCGAGGAUCGCCAUCCAAGCAGCUUGCUGCUUUUAGUCCAUUGGGCUAUGAAGCUUUUUCUCACCGAGGAGAUCCUAUCCCGUUCCCUGGGGUUGGGACAAUCCGCCCAAUCGGUGACCCACGAACUGCGUUGAAUGCUCCUGUGUCUCAAACGACCACUGCAAGCUCUACUUCGGGGUAUGCAGCUCAAGCGUUCGAACCCUCCAAUGCCUUGACUCAAAUUGCUGCGCCCGCAACACUUGAUCAGGCAAACACCCACACAUCAGCCAACCAAUUUGACUACUCGUCGACUCAGUUGUCUCCUACAAUUGCUGGUCCUGGUGCAAUGAAAUACUCGCCGUCUCAUGUCCAAGCAUCUCGGUCGCUGGAUCAAAUGCAAUACUCGCCUCAUGCAUCGACUCAUACUCGACUGAAUUCGAGUGAUUCAAAGUACCUGCUAUCUCCUGUUCAGGCAGCUAUUGCCAACACACGGUAUUCACCCUCUCGUGAGGACUUUAGUUAUGAAUAUAGCCCUAGCCCGGCUUUCAUAUCUAGCUUGUUUGCAACCACCCACGGUCUCCCGACUGGAGAUGCAAAUGCUACAACUGAAAAUGCACUGACUUAUGGAAACCCCAAUCCCACUCAUGGUCGCAACAUUGAUACCAUCGCUUCACGACCCCUUUCCGGCGGGAAUCACGAUGGCACUGAAAAGCAUCGAUCCUUUAUCGUGCAGCAGGUUCCCCUCGACACUUCGCAUCGCUCUAUUGUUAUGAUGUUCCCGAUUGAGGAAUAUCCUUCCCUUGAGAAUGUUUGCCUCAAGCAUGUUGGGACCAAGGGCGCGUUCUCGUUUUCGUUUGGCGAUCUUCGAGAGGCCAUCAACGCCAUGAACAAGAUUCGCUUAACUCGUCCAGGAUGGCGUGUCUCCCCAUCCACUGCGCAAGAAUUUGCCAAUUUUAAUGGAACCAAUGGUUCCGCUUUCUCGACUAUCUCCGCGUCUUCCGAUGGUGCAUUCCUGCUUUCUGUCUUCACCACCCAGUGGCUCAUGGAGCCUAUGGAUGGGAUCAUCCAAGAUGUUGUUGCUUCCCUUGGUACGAUGCGCUCUUGCAAGCUUGUCGAGAAUGGAACGAACAUGAGUCGAUACCGCGUGGAAUACUUCAACGUGCGCCAUGCAGCUUAUGCUUUCUCUUGCCUUGGUGGAUUUAGGCUCGAUAGUCUUCAUUUCGAUGUCUCCCCAAUUGACGUGAAAGAAGAAGUGCAUACUUUGUCUCACAUGCGAACCCCCAGCCGAGUCCCCCCUCAGAGCCCUGUGACCCCAUAUCACCUCGUGUCCAAGGAGAACGAGAUCGAGGAGAAGGUCGACGUUUCUCCUGCUUUUGAAGAGGGCAAGACAAGUGCAGAACACAAAAUUAGUCUCGAGCGAAUCAUGCAAGGACUUGAUGUUCGCAGCACUGUCAUGAUCCGCAACAUUCCCAACAAGCUUACUGCGGAACAGCUCAAAGGCAUCCUUGAUGAGUCCAGUUAUGGGAAGUAUGACUUCCUCUAUCUUCGCAUGGAUUUCCUUCAUCGUUGCAACGUUGGUUAUGCGUUUAUGAACUUCGGUGAUGCAAUCGAUAUUGUUAAUCUUGUUCACGCCCGACAUGGUAGAAAUUGGCCCAACUGUGUCUCUGAGAAGAUAGCCGAGAUCUCUUAUGCCACACUUCAAGGAAAGGAUGCUUUAAUCAACAAGUUCCGCAACAGCCAUGUUAUGACCCGUCCUCACGAAGAACGACCUCGACUCUUCUAUAUCGACGGCCCCCGUGCAGGAACCGAGAUGCCUUUCCCAGGCCCCAAUGAUGCCAAUAAGCUGCGUCGUUCAGUUGCCAGCACCACUCAGCAAGGCCUCUUCGCACCUCGCACCCGAGGUCCCACUACGCCUCGCACCAACCGUACGCGUCCUCAGUCUCAGUCCUUCAGCCAGACUCCCCGCGUCCGACCUACUACCCAAACUCCCCGCCAUGCUAGCAGACGAUCGGUCCAGCAUGUCCCUGGCGAAUUUUCUUCGAUGCAGACAGAGCAGCCUCACUUUACCUCGAAGAGGGAUUAA